UGAAGAGUGCCUCCAGAGUUGACAAGCAAGCGUCCUAAAGCAGGUUGCAGAAAAGAUCUGCAACAAAAACCACCAACCCACCUCGAACAAUGGCUUCCAGCAACUCCAACUCCACCUCGUCAAAAUGGCAUUACGAUGUGUUUCUGAGUUUUAGAGGUGCAGACACAAGGUCCGGUUUCACAGACCAUUUGUAUUCUGCUUUGUCUCGGGAAGGAAUCCAUACAUUUAGAGAUGCAAAUGAGAUCGAUAUUGGUGAAGAAAUUGGACCGGAGUGUCUCCAAGGAAUUGAAAAUUCAAGGUUUUCUAUUGUCAUUCUCUCAAAGGGCUAUGCAUCCUCCCCUUGGUGUCUUGAUGAGCUUGUGCACAUCCUCAGAUGUAGAAAAGAAGGCCAUGGUGUUUGGCCUGUCUUUUAUGACAUAGAUCCGUCUGAUGUUGAAGAGCAAACAGGAAGUUUCGAAGAAGCUUUUGCUGAGCAUGAAAAGAGUUUCAAGGAUGACAUGGAUAAAGUGGAAAAAUGGAGGGAUGCUCUAAGAGAAGUUGCUUACUUGAAGGGUCUGGAUCUACGAAAACAUCUAGACGGGCAUGAAGCUGAAAACAUAGACCACAUUGUCAAGGAGAUUUCAGUUAUACUUGAUCGGACAAUCUUAAGGGUUGCUAUCCACCCAGUUGGCUUAGAUUCUCGAGCAAAAGAAGUGAUCUCCUUGCUAGAUGAUGAGUCAAUAGAUGUUCGCAUAGUUGGUAUAAUUGGGAUGGGGGGCAUAGGCAAGACAACUCUUGCCAAGGAGGUUUACAAUUUAGUCUUCAAAAGAUUUGAAGGCAGCUGCUUUCUUGAAAAUGUUAGACAGCAAAUUAUUUCCAAUGGGAUAGCCUACUUACAGAGACAGCUUCUCUCGGAUAUCUUGAAAAGAAAACAUGAGAAGAUAUACAAUGUUGAUAGAGGAUCGAAGGUGAUAAAAGAAAGAUUACGAUGCAAGCGUGUAUUCAUUGUUCUGGAUGACAUUGAAGAUAAACAGGAAGAACUGGAUAAAAUUCUCGGGAAUCUUGAUUGGCUUUACCCUGGAAGCAGGGUGAUAAUAACAACUAGAAUUAAGAAUCUGCUACAACCAUCAAAGUUGUAUCGACAAUAUGAGGUCAAGGAAUUGAAUGGCAGCGAUUCUCUUCAGCUACUAAGCUUACAUGCCUUCAACAAGCGCUGUCCCGAUGAAAGUUACAUGGAUUCUGCGAGUAGAAUCGUAUCCUAUGCAGGAGGAAAUCCACUAGCCCUUACAGUUUUGGGAUCAGAUUUGUGUGGCCAAAACAUUGAUGUAUGGAAUAGCAGAUUAGAAAAACUAAAAAUGAUUAGCCCCAAAGGUACUCACAGUAUACUUAAAAUAAGUUAUGAUUCUCUUGAUGCUGCUGAGAAGUCUAUAUUUCUGGAUAUUGCAUGUUUCUUCAUUGGGUACAAAAAGGAUUAUGUCAUGAGCAUACUUGAUGGCUGUGGUUUCUUUCCAAUUGAUGGAAUCAAUACUCUCACGAGGAGAUGCCUUGUAAAGGUUGGCGCUAACAAUAAGUUCUUGAUGCAUGAUUUGCUUCGAGACAUGGGAAGAGAAAUUGUUCUCCAAGAAUCUUUUAGGGAUCCUGGGGAACGUAGCAGAUUAUGGGAUAAAGAAGAUGUUAUUGAUCUGUUAACUGACAGAACGGGUACAAAAGCAGUUGAAGGCCUUGUUCUAAGCCUGCAAGGAUCAAAAAGCUCAUUCCAUACCAAGGCAUUCAAAAAGAUGAAAAGGCUAAGACUACUCCAACUCAAUUUCAUUUGCCUUACAGGAAACUACGAACAUAUUUCUAACAAAUUAAGGUGGUUGUGUUGGUCUGAGUUCCCCUUGAAAGCUAUCCCAGAUGAUCUUACUCUGGAAAAUUUGAUUGUUCUUGAUAUGCGCUAUAGCAGUCUACAGCAAUUUUCAGAGGAAGUAAAGUCUUUGAAAAAACUGAAAUUCCUUUACCUUAGCCACUCCCAUAAGCUUAUCGAGACUCCUAACUUUGAAGGCUUUCCCAGUCUUGAAAAAUUAAAACUUAAAGAUUGCAUUAGUUUGGUAAAGGUUCAUGACUCCAUUGGACUUCUCAGUCAUCUUCAGUUCCUGAAUCUGCAAGAUUGCGUGGAUCUUAAGAAUCUCCCGGGAAGCAUCUGUGCUCUAAGCUCACUUAAGAAGUUAAAUGUGUCAGGCUGCUCAAAAUUAGAGGAAUUGCCAGAGCACUUGGGGAGUUUGCAAUCUUUGGUUCUGCUCCUUGCUGAUGAAACUGCAAUAAGUACGCUACCAGAAACCAUUGGAGAUCUAAAGAAUCUGGAAAAAUUAUCUCUGCAUGGUUGUCGUCUUAUCUUCUCACCAAGGAAAUGUCCACCAACAAGACGGGGUCUUCCAGCAUCUUUACUGGAACUCGAUCUCGGACACUGCAACUUAUCAGAUGACAUGAUUCCCUCUGAUCUUCAAGGCUUGCCCCUUCUUCAAAAUUUGAAAUUGUGCGGAAACAACUUUACAAGCUUACCAGCCAGCAUUGGAAGCCUUCCUAAGCUUACUAGACUUUGGUUAAACGAAUGCAAAAGUCUUCAAUGUAUCCCAGAGCUCCAGUCAAGCCUACAGUUAUUGCAUGCAAAAGAUUGCCUUUUGCUAGAAACCAUCAACCUUAAGAACUUUUGGGGGGAGGGAACUUUGGAACUCGAUGGUUGCCCAAAGUUAAAAGCAAUUGAGGGAUACUUCAACUUGGAGUCCUUGGGAAUAGAGAUUGUUGAAAAAUAUCUUGGAACUUGUGGCUUGUUCACAGAAGAUUCCCUUCCAAGCAUCAAUGUCCAUGUGAUCAAUAAUCUGACGAGAGCAGCUACAAUCAGUCCUCUCCAGGCUCUUUCUGAGAAAUCUAUUUACAGUAUCUUUCUACCGAUGAGUGACAUUCCAACAUGGUUCAGCCAUCAGAAUGAAGGUGACUCGGUAUCAUUGCAAGUGCCUCCACUUGAUCAUGGUUGCAAAUUCAGUGGCUUUUCUAUAUCGGCAGUCUAUGCAUGGGAGAAUUCUUCUGCACCUUGCUUUUUCUGCCCCAUUAUUGCAGUUACUAACAGAACGAAAAAUUUCCACUGGAAUUAUAGCCCUAAAAUCACCUUCUUUAUGCGCGAGGUGGAACAGGAUCUGAUGUGGCUGAGCUGCUGGUCGUUCGAGAAUCAAGUAGAAGGCAUUGAUGAUGAAGAUAUGAGCUGGAGAUUUCGGGAUGAGAUGGAAGAAGGGGAUCGACUGGAUGUCUUGAUUGACAUGGGUUUUCGAAUUGCUGUGAAAAGGUGUGGCAUCCACUUGCUUUACCAUCACAGUGACCUGCAAGGUUCCAGAUUAAACGAUAUAAUUACUAUUUCACAUUCGGGAUCGUCAAGACACCAUAGAAGGUUGCUGAGUUCAAGUUUUCAGUGGCUGACAUUUAACCGCCCUCGAAUAACAUCUUCCAAAGACUACUGGGAUGAUUCUUUCAGGAGAUGGUCAGUCAAAAGGGAAGAAAAGACCGAUGGGAUUCCAGUUGUGCCCCUAAGGAGAAGACAUUGUGACUGUUGUGCUCUCUUGCGUUGCACUAAAGAGAAGAAAGACGCUUUCAAGUUGGAAAUAGAUCCACUAUGAACUGCUUCGCUCUUUGCUAGAUGAAGGAACUUAUUUGGUGGUCAAAGCAGAUCAGUUUUUUCCUUAAAAAAUAAAAAAGAAGUCUGUGCUUUUCUUCUAGAUAGAAGCAAAUCUUAGCCAAAUAUUACCAUAAA